AUGGCCAGCGUCAUGGUUACACGGCAUCACGUACUAUCACAAGAAGUUCAAGAUCCUGUCGUGCCUCUCAGAGCCGACCCGGCCGAGCGCGCCCAGUUCAGCGCCGUCGAGCCGGCCGAGCGGGGCCACUUCAGCGCCGUGGACGCCGCCGAGCGGCGACACCUGAGCGGCUCCGAGCCCGCCGAGCAGCAGGCCACUGGUGAUGAGGCGGCGAUCAAGGCCGCGCGAAAGGCCGGCAAGUACCAGUGCACAUUUUGCGGCAACUUCUUUGCGAAGCCGAGCGUGUUGGACAAGCACAUCCGUUCACACACCAACGAGCGGCCCUUCUCGUGCGCCGUCUGCAAGUACUCAUUCAAGACCAAGAGCAACUUCGUCAAGCACUGCAAGACGCGCAAGCACGCGGCGCGCAGCGCCGGCGGCGACGGCGGCGACCUGCCCAGCGACGAGGAGGUGACGGACAGCGAUGCCAGCGAGGCGCAGGACGACGCCACCUCCGAGACGGACAGCUGGACCGCCUGGGAAGUGGCGGCGCAGACACCGCACUGGCCGAUGGAGCCAGCGCCGCCGCCGGAGCCCGGCGAGUCGGCCAGCGGCGGCGCGCCGCGCCUCCACAUCAGCCACUCGAUCGAGCACAUCAUCGGGCGGGCGGAGGAGGCGGGCUCGCCGCCCGGCGAGGCGCCCGGCUCGCCCAUCGCCAAGGGUGUCGUCAGCCACAUCGACAAGGUGAUUCAGCUGAACGAGGCGCAGCUAAGCAUCACGAAGCGCGCGUUGGACAACUUCGGCCGGCACAGCACGACACUGGGCCGCGAGCGCGAGACGGUGCGACGCGUGGCUUCGUCGGACCCGGCGGCCGGCCGGCGCAGCUCGCUCUACCUGCCGCGGCCGCCGGCUGAGCUGGCGCCGCCGGCGCUGGCGCGGCGCAGCUCCGUCAUCGGCGUGGAGGCGCAGCACGAGCGGCCACGUCCGGCGGAGCCGCUGCGGCCCGGGCCGCCGCCGCUGCUGCGCGGCAGCCUCAGCUUUCCCGGUCCGGAUGAGGCGCCGCCGCCGGCAGUCGACAGCCUGCACUUCUCGGCGAUGCCGCCCAGCCUGCUGGAGGCGCGAUGCGUGCGCUGCGGCCUGACGCACCCGGGGCCGUGCCCGCUGUAUUCCGACGGCGGCCAGGCCGGCCAUAUCCUGAAGCGACACCUGUUGUCGAGCGCGGCCGGCGCGCCGCAGCUGAAGCGGCGCCGGCUUUCCUCCGAGGUGGAGCGCGUGGCGGCGGCGCGGUAUGAUUCGCUAGCGCCGCCGGCGGCCGUGCCUGCAACCGUGCGUUCUCCGUUCGAGGAGCGCAAGAACCUGAGCUACAUGGCCGGCGGUCAGGUGAUGGUGAAUGAGCCGGCCGAGCGGCGCACCUACCGCGUCAACCAGUCCGUCUCCACGUCCGGCGUCAGCUUCUACGUGUCGUCGCCGCCGGCGUGCCAGUCGUCGACGCGCGAGACCAGCCCGCAGGUGAUGACCAUCAAGUCCAACCUGAACUCGGGCGGCAAGAUGAUAGAGAUGAGCGGCUCGUCGGACAGCAGCUCGGGCGGCUCCCAGCUGGCCACGCCGCGACUGACCGGCUCGGCACCGCCGCUGCAGCGCAACCCUUUCCACUUCAACCAGCCGAUCUCGAGCAUGCUCACUGGCUCGUUUUAUCCGGCCAUCCAGGCGCCGAACAUCACGCCGCAGCUGGGGCCCAUCAUGCUGCCUCCGAGCCCUAGCCGGGCGAGCGGUGCCAACAAGCGCUUCUGCUCGCCCAAGUCGCCGUCCGCUAGCGGUGUGCUCAGCCUGCCGGGCCAGGCCGGCCAGCCGGCGGCGGCUGCGGCGCCGGCGCCGCGGGCCGCCGGUGCCGGCGCGCCCGGCAAGAACCUCAAGCUCACCAUCCAGAUCCCGCGCCACAACUUCCCGCAGCCGGCCGCGUCCACGGCGGCGGCGGCGGCGGCGGCGGCGGCGGCGGCGACGAUGACGACGACGACGACGACGACGAUGACGACGACGACGACGGCCACGCGCUCGCCGGGCGUGCUGCAGCCGCCCGUCAGUCCCGCGCCGCGUCGCUCACCCUCGCGUCCCGUGCCGCACGUGCCCGGCAUGCCGGGCCCGUACAGCCAACCGUCGGAGGUGGCGCCGCGGCCCGGCGAGUGCCCGCCGCCCACGCCGCCGGCGCGGCCGCUGCCCAAGAUCCAGGUGCACGAGGCGGAGGCGCCGGCCGCUGGCGGCAAGCCGUCGAAGCCGGCGUCGGUGCCGCGACCCAGCUCGCUACCGUUGCAGCCGGUGCAGUACGUGAACAAGUCGCAGCGCGGCGCGGCGCUCUACAGCCCGGAGACGCCGCGACCGCGCAAGGCCAUCCAGCAGACGCACCUCAACGGCAAGUGCUACACCUACAUCGGUCACAAGAGCUCGACCAAGCUGUACUUUUGCAGCCUGUUCCAGCCGCAGCCCAACUACGUGGAGCAGAAGUCGGGGCUGCAGGUGUCCAUGUACUCGCAAUGGAAGCACGCGGAGCCGCCGGCCGACGGCGUGCCCGUCACGCAGGCGUUGGCCACGCUGCGGCUAGCGGUGAACCGCGGCAGCGGCGGCCGCCUCAGCUUCCGCAGCCCCCAGAUGGGGUCCAGCGAUCCCCGCGUGGCAGCCAGCGGCCUGCGCGCACCCCGCCUCGCCGGCGGCGACAAUCAGCGAGGGGCCCGAGGAGGCGUCGGCGGUGGUCGCUCUGGGCCGGCGGCGGCCUGGGACGAUGCGGUCCCCCGGCCGUCUCUGCGCCGACCCCGGCAGCGGGGCUGGUCAGAGGAUCCACUUCUCCCCGUGGUAAGAGCUGAACGCUCGCUCUUACGUUGUUUGCCUAUGAACGGUGUGAAAGGGCAUUGCCUCCUGAACCUGUACAACUGUACGACUCCUUUCCUCGACGAACGAACGAGUCCUGGACAGUGGUCUUUCUGGCUGGUGGCCGAGAAACAACCCCAGAAGUGGCUGGAGUCGGGCGCGGCGACCCCGGACGGCAGCGGCGACCAGAGUCGACUGCUCGGGGCCGACUUAGCCAGCCGCGCCACGAGAAACGGCCGGCCGCCGAGCUGGGGCAGCAGCUGGGAGACGUCGGACCGCGAGCCGAGCGUCAGUCCGCGGGACCGGGACCGGGACCGGCACCGCCACCGGGACCGAGAUCGGCGGCGCAGCGAGACGCCAGGAGCGGCCGAGGACCUGGCGGCCGCCGAGGCGCUGGUGACGUUCAGCGGCCCUGCGGGCCCGGACGCCGAGGAGCAGGACGGUCCGAUCGACCUCUCGCAACAACAGCAACAGCAACUUCAGCAGCAGCAGCAACAGCAACAGCAGCAACAACAACUGCAGCAGCAACAGCAGCAGCAGGCGGAGAGCGAGCCGGUCGUCUCCGACGAAGAGAUCGAGAUUGACGUGGUGAGCCAGGACGGACCGGGAGAGGCUCGAUCGCCAGCGCCGGCCGCUGGGCCGGAGCCAGCGCCCUCUGGCGGCGGUGUGCAGGCCAUCCUAAAGGACAUCUUCAACCAGGUGCGCCACGAACGCGCCAGCGCCGGCUUCGCCACUGCGCGGCCGGACGCGGCGGCGGCGGCCACGACGGCGGCGACACCGGCGCCUACGGAGCCGGCGGCCAGCGCGCCUAACCUGAUGCACCCGAACGUGACUGCCGGCCAGCCAGGGCUAGCCUUGACGCGGCCGACGGCGCGCACCAGCGACGCGGAGCCGCAGCACAGCGACUCGUCCUUCUUCAACAGGAACUCGGACCGGCUGGUGUGCGCUGUGUGCAACAAGCGCGACUUCGUCAACCGCAACCAGCUGUCGGCGCACACGAAGACGCAUCAGAUGGACCAACGUCGCUUCCGCUGCGACGUCUGCGAGGUCAGCUUUCGCUCAGAGCAGCAGCUGAACAAGCACCGCAAGAGCAACGACCACCUGCAGAAGGCGAGCAUCCACCGGCAGUUCGGCAAACCCCAGGGAGACAGGCGCAUCUACGAGUGCCUGUUCUGCAUGCGCGGCUUCCACAACAUCGGCACUCUGCACAAGCACUUCCGCUGCAAGACGCACAUCAUGGGCCUGGAGAACGCCGGCUGGCUGCCGUGCGGCACGUACGCCGAGCUGGAGGCGCUGGGCGUGCCCGGCCGCACCGACGGCGCCGACAGCAUCAAUGUCGAGGGCACCUGGCCCAACUACUGCCAUCUGCAGGAGCUGUCGCUGACACUGCUGCGGGACCGGCCCGCCGAGAUGUCCGACUGGCGGUGCAAGUUCGACGACAUCCGGCGCGGUCGGCCGCCGCGCAGCUAUCCGUUCGAGAUCGACCCGAAGCUGCGCGGCAACGCAGACCCGAGCCGGCCGCGGCCGCUCUUCCCCGCCGACUUCUGCCGGCCGCCGGCCGAAAACGGCACCGCAGACAGUACAAAGCCCGGCGCGCCGGCACACCGGCCGCCGGCGCACGGCGGCGGCCCGGCGCCGACGCCCUGCGCGCCGCUUAAGCAGGAGCAGCACGACGAGGAGACGCCUGAUCACAGAAUGAACGGACAGAGCUACUGAAGGUGUGCUGACUGGUUGAUCUCGAUGGUGUCGAGAAGACGAAGACUUUCCGAUAUUGUUAUUGCCCGCGGGCAUUGCGCAGCCAGAGGCGAAACCAGUUCAAAGGUGAACCUUCGGCCGGUCUCGGUGCCUUAUUAUGUAGCAAUUGUGGGCCGCCGGCCGCUCGUCGCGUAUGGGCAUGUGAUAUUUGCCGACCGGGCGGCGGCCCGGGCCGGCCCGCGCCGCGCGGUCCGCCUCUCACCGCUGCCGGGGCCCGGUCCCGGCGUGUCCGGCGUGCGCGGUCCCCCGGGGUCCACGCGCCUCCUUCUUCGAGGGGUGGGGUGGGCGCGUCGCACCGGCGGGUCGGCGGCCGGCCGCCGGCCGCCCGCUGUUCCCGCACGCCAUACAACGCGAGGAUGCUGGUACAAAUGUCGGACGAGUUCAUUGUGUUGAUAAUAAGAGAAAUGGACCGUGUCGGGCGGGCAGUCUUUU